CGCGCCGAGAACUUCCGGGAACUAUCUGAACUGAAUUUCGGACUUCCGUUGUCGCGAUCUAUUCGUAUUGACUUGCUCAUUCAGAGUUUGAACACUCUGGGCCUCUAUACGGUGCAAGGCCCAUGUGAGUUAUCUCUCUGUAUCAGAUCACCCACGGCAGCUGCGAGCCUCCACCGCCUGCUCCACCUGCCGCUCACAGAGAGCCACCGACAGAGGGGGUUCACCGACACCGGCCGACGGGGGUUUCAGCUUGCAGCCGGUGACGCACUGUGUGAGCUCACCGAGCCAGUACGCACAGAGAGGGAGGGAGGGAGGUAGAGACGGGAACCUCGUGAACCGGCCUUUGUGGUUUUCAUCCAUCUCCACGCGUCAGUUUGUGUUUUUGGACAUCGCAACUGCCGCAGACGAUGCUCGCCCCUCAACGCUGGUUGUAACCGUCUUCAUUCACCAAACCGAUCAUAUGAACAUAGAAGAAUACAUUGAAGAAGAUGAGGAACCACCUUUGCUGCUCAGCUCUUGUCCUUCUCACGCUGUUUGGCUGUGGUGGGACUGCAGCAGUGCAGUGUCGGUGGGGGGAAGAGUGUGCGUGUCUGCACUGCCCCGCAGGAGAGGAGCCUUCCAAGGCUUGUGGGCAGGUCCAAAGUCCAACGGAGGGAGUGCGAUGUCGACUGUGCCCGACCGCAACCUUUUCAGACGCAUUCAACUCUGAACCUUGCCAUCCACAUGCCUCCUGCAAGGCCCUCGGCCGAAAGGCUGUAACCCCUGGCACUGCGACCACAGAUGCCAUCUGUGGAGACUGUCUGCCUGGGUUUUAUUCCUCUGCCCCAGAGGAAGUUUCCAGCCAAGGUCCCUGUGUGAAAACACUUUUGCAUGUCAGGACAGUUCGCACGGUGGGUAAAGGUCCAUCCGCUGGUGCAGGUGAACCAAUCAACGGCACAGUGGUUCGCAGCCCCGAGGAGAAGACAGCAGAGUACGCCGUUUUCGCUCUGGUGCCCGUCUUCUGCGUGAUGGGCCUGCUGGGCAUCCUUAUCUGCAACAUCCUGAAGAAGAAGGGAUACCGCUGCACAGCCGACAAGGAGGGAGGGGACGAAGAGGCCGCCACACCACAGAAAGAAGGUAGCAUCUGUCCCUACAUAUCUGACGACCUGAAUGAAGACACUAUCAGCGUCCUGGUUCGCCUCAUCACUGAAAAGAAAGAAAAUGCUGCUGCACUCGAGGAACUGCUGCUGGAGUACGAGAGCAAACAGAUGGCCUUGAGCAAAGGCUCCUCAAUCAAGUUUCCCAUGCUGUCUCCGUUCCGCUCCCUCCCCAGACUCUGCCCCCAUCAGUCCCACCUCCACACCAUCUCUGGCCUCUCCGGCCUGGCCCCCAAACACGGAUACCGCUGCACCCGCUGUGCUCAGAGGAAAUGGCCCCCUGUUCUCAUACCUCCUCUGGAUUCCUUCAAAGAUCCCCUGAAGCCCCCGCAGACCCUCAUCCUGCCCUCCCUGGACACGUCCACCGACCAGCAGAAGAGCCCCCUGCUGGGGGGAGUGUGUGUCGACACCCACCAUACACAAAGUGCUGUGCCAAAUGCUGUACAAGAAAAUGUAGAAGGGACUGAAGUGAGGGAGAAGAAGGAAGGAGAGCUGACAGUUUUGUCUGUGGGGAGAUUUCAAGUUGCUCAGAUUCCUGAGCAGAAGCCUGUCACCAUGGAGACCAAGACUUCAUCCCAGGAGCAGAGAAACUCCUUGUUUGUUGGGAAGCGCUUCUCCUCCUCUUCAUCAUCCGGCAUCUGGAGAUGAAGAGACAGAGAGAGGCUGAACGGUGAUGCUACCUCACUGAAGAUGACCUCAUCAUCUGCUGAUGACUUCACAGCAGGGAGGGGGGGGGUGCUUUUUAUGCAACCGACACCAAGAAACUACAAGAACCACCUCCUGCUGGAAGAAGUUGUAUCUAUUUAUGCAAUAAGAGGAACAUAAAUGUAUUUAUUACUACAUAGAAAACAUUGUACUUGACAGAGGUAACAGACGAUAGGAGUUCAACUGAAGCUGCUUCACUGUCCUCGUCCAGAGAGAAAAGGCUUGGUGGAUGCACACAGUGAAAAAAAGAUUCAAUUCUUGUGUGGUUUUAAAACGAACAAUUAGCGAAGGCUGACACUAGAAGGAAGGCCGAGAGGAAAGAAAGGACGUUUGCAUGAUAAAUAAAGGCAGUCUCAGUCCCCGUAUUUGCACUUCAAUGAAAAAAAAAAAUGGAACCAGGUCUAAAACACACACAUGACACACUCUACAAAGAGACAAACACAUCUACAUGAACUUACUCUGACACUGUGGAUUUCAUACAAGAAACUCAAACAGCAGUGAAGCUAGAACAAACUCUCAUUCAGAGGAAAACAUCGAGCCAAGCUGUCUGCAACCAAGUACUGUGUGAACUAAGAGUAUGGAGGUUUUCAUGAGUAACAGAACUAUAGUAGCAGAUAUGGCUCGUUUGAAAUGAAAACCUAUAUGAUUUUCGUUCAUCUGACACGUGGUUGCAGACGACAGUAUUAUGAAGAAGAGACGUAGUAAAAAUUCAAUAUGAUUUUGAUGUUUUAAUUAAGUUCAGUGAUCUGGCUUAUUUUGCUUCUGCUCACAUAGAAACUGUAGGUGAGUUAAGCUAAAGUUUAAGGUUUCAACCUUGAGGAUGUUGAAUGUAGAGUGAACAAAAGGAGCCCACUGAGUUCACUCGGACUUACUGAAACCACAGAGAGUUUGAAAACCAUUCAUUCAACAAUGUACAUCAAUCCACAGUCAGCAUUCAUGAUAUCGUUUGUAACUUUUAAGACUCUUAGAUCCAAGUAUGUGAUCAGGAGCCAAUUUUUGUUUUAGUGCCCCCCCCCCCGAUAUCGCACCACAGCGUUUGUAAUGACGCUGCAUCCCAGUGACGGUUACAGUUGGUGAUUGCCUUUUGGUCCUGGGGUUAAAUAAAAGAAGACAUGUAAGUAAAUCUCAGUUUUGUAGAAUAGAACAUGUAAAUUGAUGUACAUAUGUAAAUAUGGAGAAACGGACCAUACCUGGCUUUUUUUAAUUUUAGCUGCACAGCAUCAGUGAGGGACAUUUGUAAACUCCUCAGACACCAUCAUGCAUAUUAAGAUGAAUUACUGGUUGACAUUAACAUGUUGCAUCUCUCUUUUUUUAGUCAUUGGCUGUGACAAUUAAGUGAAACUGUUGUGGUUUUUGGCUCCAUUCAUUUUAAACCCUUAAAGUCCUUCACACACACACACACAUACACACACACAUGCAGUACACAACCUCUCAAGUAAUCUCCAUAACUACAAGAUACAACUCCCACAUAAAUACACACACACAUAAUUAUUUUUUAUAGUUUCAUUAAAUAAACCAACCAGUGGCUGCAGAGGAUUAGUGGUCGAGAUGCCUCAAAGUCUCACAGCUCUUGGCUUUAGUUCACUUCCUCAUGGGUUUUUAAAGAGUGUACUAUAAUCAUAGAGGGGUUUUUAGCUACUCAUUUUCAUAUUAUCUCAUUAUGUUGUUAUGAGAAACAUGACAAUGUGUCUGAAGGACUGGGUAUUUAUUGGCUCAUGUUACAGCUCCAUGUUUUUAUUUGAUCUUUAAAAAAAUUAUUAAAAAUAUACAUUCUUAUUUCUGUUAGGAUUUUUAUUAAAUGUCUUCAAGCUGAAGUGUUGCUGGCGAGUAGGAAGGACACAAAGCAUUUCAUCAACUUUUUUGGGGGCGUUUAUAUAAUAUUAUAUUAUUCUGUAUGAUGUUUUUACUCUUGAAAUAAAGAAGGGAUGUAUUUUA